AUGAAUACUUCAGCUCCCAAUAAGUGUCCGGUCUGUGGCAGCGAUCCUCGAACACACCCAGGACUUCGCUUCAAGAUCAACACUAAAUGCUACCACCGAAUCUGUGAGGGCUGUGUGGACAGAAAUUUCUCAAGCGGCAAGGCCGAAUGCCCGGUCGGAGGAUGUCAUGUCAGUCUCUGGAAACGAGAAUGGCGAACUCAGACAUUUGAAGAUCUCAAGAUUGAACGCGAGGUGGAGAUCCGGAAAAGGGUGACCAAGAUCCUCGACCGGCAGGAAGAGGAAUUUGAGUCGAAAAGAUAUUACGAUGACUUUCUGGAGCUCCGAGAAGAAAUGAUCAUGCAUUUAGUCCUCCGCACAGACGUGGCAGCCACGAACCGCAAGUUGAGGGAGUACGCAAUCGCAAAUGGCCUGAAAGUGGAUACGAACGAGACCACCGAGGCGGGCUCUAAGCCCUCGAAGAAGAGAGAUGUUGAUCCAACUGUUGCAGACCCUAGUGGUCUGGUCAAGGGUUUGAAGAAAAAGACCAUUCCGGUGGCUGUGGCUCCAUACGACCCCUUUAUGGGAAUGCCACGCAAAAGAGAGUAUUACGAAGUUACAGAGAGCUACGUUGUCCGUGGAAGGGGAAAGCCAGCGGAGGCCACGGUUGCUGCAGGCUAUGACUUUGGACAAUACAUGGACGAGUGUCUUCUGCGGGCAUUUGCGGGAUUGGGAGUAUUUAUCCAGGAUGAGAUGGCCGCGAAGGACAACGCGGCUAUUCCUGUGCCGGGCACAGGCGAAGUCAAGGGCGCAGACGACGUGUUUUGA